AAUAUUUUUUGGGAGCGCUCGCUGUAGUGGCUGUGAUCCCAACCAGCGAUGCUAUGAUCCCAGCAUAUUCCGUCUCAGCCCUCCGCCUAGCGUUCGACGAGAUAGCAACAGUCCUGCCCAUCGCUAACCAACUCGCUUGCCUCCUCAUCCCAUUCCUUAUCAACCUUAUCAAUAACUUGAACAACUUAUCAAAUAUUGUCCAGAAUUUAACUCCAGCGAUCCUUCCUUACUUCGGAUGUACUUUACCUCUUUUAUAUGCAACUUUGACUGACUUAGCUUCAGUUUUAUUUUUAUAUAUAAGCGUAUUAAUAUCGUUAUUCAGAUCAAAUGUGUUAGCAGCUCCUGGCUUACUCAUUGGACUGGUUUCUCAGGUUUUGAACCUAGUUAUUGGUUUGUUAACCGGAUUGACGGAUAGCUCAGGACUUUUGAGCAGUUUGAUUAAGUUGAUCACUAAUAUUCUGGUGGAAUUGGAGAAACUGCUGAUUUAAACGGAUAAGUGAUAAUAAAAGCGUUUUUAAAUGUG